AAAAUGCCUCCCUUGCCCUGUUCUGCUCUGCUGUCUCUACCCAAAAUCUCAGUUGCAGAGUGCAAAAAGCAGGGCACCCCCUUGUUCUUUCCCAUUCUCCACACACCUCUCUUUCUCUCUUUCUCAAUAUCGAUUUUUCCAACGUCUGAAUUCGUCUGAGGUUUUAUAUUCAGAUAUUUUAUCGGGAAAACUUUGGAUCGCUUUGUUUUUCCUUUUUCUUUCUACGGAAUCUAGGUUUCUUCAGGAUUCAUCUUCUCUUCUUUCAGGACCUGUUUGGCAAUGUUUCUUUGAUCAUCAAUUAUAGAGUGUAAUAUCGGAUGAGCUGUUUUGGAUGAUUUAAUUUAUUUGAUUUUUUUCGGGACAGGAGCCUGGGAAGCUGUGUAAAUUUGAGAAUCGCAACGCCAGGAACCUUUUAAGUUGUUGAUGAAGCACUAAUGGCUGAUCCAAAUACAUCAGCUUUGAUAGUAUCUUCAGAAUCCUCUGAACAAAGUGGAACACAUAUGAUGAAUCCAAGUGCGAAUCCUCUUCAACCUCUUCUAAAUCAGCAAGGUCGAACCUCCCCACAUGGUUCUGUGGCUAUCCUUUGGGACAUUGAGAAUUGCCCUGUCCCAAGUGAUGUGCGGCCUGAAGAUGUAGCUGGCAAUAUCCGAAUGGCACUGCGUGUCCAUCCUGUAAUUAGAGGUGCUGUAACCAUGUUUUCUGCAUAUGGGGAUUUUAAUGCCUUUCCCAGGCGGCUCAGAGAGGGCUGCCAGAGAACAGGAGUCAAACUCAUAGAUGUUCCAAAUGGGAGGAAGGAUGCAGCUGACAAAGCUAUCUUAGUUGACAUGUUCCUGUUUGCCCUUGACAAUCCUCCACCUUCUUCCAUCAUGCUGAUAUCUGGGGAUGUUGAUUUUGCUCCUGCACUUCACAUACUUGGUCAACGUGGAUAUACUGUCAUUCUAGUAAUUCCUUCUGGAGUGGGUGUGGCAUCUGCCCUGUGCAAUGCUGGAAGGUUUGUUUGGGACUGGCCUAGUGUGGCUCGUGGGGAAGGCUUUGUGCCUCCCACCAAGGUUUUGAUCCCCCCUCGUGGAGGAACAGCUGAUAUUGCUGGGUGUCUCAUGGGUUGCCAUAUCAAUGACAAUCCAGAUGGACAAAAUGAAGAAGAGGCAAUUGUAUAUAGGGGAAUGUCACAAGGUUAUUAUAGCACAAGGGAUUUCUCAAUAAUAUCACAAUCCUUAUCUGAAUUCAACAGUACUUCUUCAAUCACCAUGUCUUGUUUUCCUCCGACUUUGAGGUCACAAAGCCUCCCAUCUGGUUUGAAUGAAGCUUCAGCAGGACCUAUUUCUUAUGGUGAACAAAAUGAAUCCACCUUGUGGGUGCAGCCUGGGGACCUAAAUGGACUAAAGGCACAGCUGGUAAAACUGCUUGAACUAUCAGGAGGGUGCCUGCCUCUUGCCCGCAUUCCUUCUGACUACCAGAAACUCUUUGGACGGCCUCUUUAUGUUUCAGAAUAUGGAGCUUUCAAGCUUGUGAAUCUUUUCAAGAAGAUGGCUGAUACAUUGGCCGUAGAGGGGAAGGGCCAUAGGAAGCUUGUCUACCUCCGAAACUCGAAGGCUGGCCCAAGUGCUCCUCCAUUGAUAAUGGCAAGGAAGGAGAAGAAAGGGAAGGGGAUCCAGGAGGAGAACAUGGAUAAUAUCACUGGCUGUGGGUCUUCAGAUGAGUUCUCAGAUGAUGAAAGAGUGGUUGUAGAAGAACAUGAUGAGAGAAGGAGAGAAGAAAAGUUUGGUCUGUUGGCUUCUAGAUGUGAAAUCAAUGAUCAAAAUAUUGAACAGUUCAAACAUGAGUUGCAAGAGAUCCUAGUGAGCUAUUCUUGUCGGAUUUUCCUGGGUUGUUUUGAGGCAAUAUACCAACAAAGGUACAAGAAACCACUGGACUAUCGAAAGUUUGGUGUGAAUGAGUUAGAGGGGUUGUUUGACAAGGUGAAGGAUGUUGUCGUGUUGCAUGAGGAACCAGUAACCAAGAGGAAGUUCCUUGAUGCAGUUGGUGGCUAGAAGAUCUGUUGGCUGCCGAUUCUUGUAACUUGCCAUGUUCUAACUUGUUUUGGAUCACAGUUGAGGCAUGCUUAUUAUUGCCUACCUCUUUUUUUUUUUCCCUUCAUUUAUAUAAUAGGUGAUAGGAUGGGCUAGGGGCAUGUUGGCUUUUCCUUUUUACCUUUUCCUCCUACAUGGGUUUGUAGUUCAUUUUCAGAACUUCCAUGUUGGACUCAUGCCUGAUCGAUGUAACUGAACAACUGCUAAUGGGAGAUCCAUAUGUAAAUUAACUUGCAUUUUAAUCAUUGUAUUUCAUUAUCAGAAUCCAGGGUUUACUGA